AUGACAAUUAUGCAGAUAUGGAUGGACAAAAAUCCAGUGAGAACAAAACAACAAAUCGAAACAGUCGUUGGGGAAGCCAGUGUUCCUGCAACAAUUGAUGGACCUACCAGACAGCCAGCAUAUUUUUGCCUGUCCAACAAAAUAGUGUCCGUACAGGAUGAGAUUCCAGAUAUGGCAGCGGUCAAGGAUCUUCUCAGUUCUAUGACUGACGCCACUAGUUCUUGUGAUUUGAGGUUGUUAUUGGCACCAACCGCAUUCAGGUGGCGGAGUCGAGAGUUCAAGGAUUGGACUCUGUAG